AUGAGCGACUUCACAUCAGUGGCUGUUCUUUCCUGGAGCUUGGGACUUCGACGGUGGUGGCUAUCCCAUGGCCGCGAGCUCAUCACCAGUCCAUUCUUAGUUCAACCCAAAGCUCCAGGUAGGAGUCCAACGUCAAAUUUUAUACUUUUUUCAUUCACAGACGGCUAUUCUGGAAAUCUUAGAGAUCCAACAACAUUUCUGGACGUUCUAAACAUCAUGGCGUCUAUUGUAGCCCCAGUUCUCUUUAUUCAAUGUCUCCUUUCCAUUCUGCUGACAACCACUCUAGCCGCACCCAUCAAUAUCACAAGGGAAACGUUUAGAACGUGCCGUCCGGGGAAUUGGUUCGGAAAUCCAUCUGAUUGCUGCCCUCCCAAGAUCAUAAAAGGACCCAUUGUCGAUUUCUGCCCGCAAUACGAUGCUACUAAACCGUUGAGGGUCAGGAAGGCCUUACAAUGUCUCAGUGGCCAUGAGCUGAAGACCUAUACGCGUAAGUUGGAGAAAGGAUACGCUCUGAUGCGCGCUCUUCCAGACAGUGAUCCGCGCUCUUUCAAAAGGCAGAACGAGAUUCAUUGUGCCUACGGGACGGGCUCCUUCAUCCAGGAUGGCUCCACCAACCUCACCAUCGACCUCACCAUCGACGUUCACAUGAAUUGGCACUUCCUGCCCUGGCACCGCAUGUUCGUGUACUUUCACGAAAAGAUUUUGCAGAAGUUGCUCGGAGAUCCCGAAUUCAGUCUUCAUUUCUGGAAUUUCGACAACAGCGUCACAGCGACCCCAAGACAUGGAUCACAUGGCUGCUACAAGGCUGGUCAUUUCGUGCCGCCGAUGUACAACGAGCCGUCGAAAGCAACAUUUGAAGCUAAUCGCUCUUUCAUGGCCUUCGAGCCCAAUAGGCCCGUGGACAUAGCGUUCGACCUUUCGCAGUUGAACCCUCUACUGGGCCUUCCCAUCUUCCCCAACAACACCGUGGAGGAACAAACGCGGAUGAACAGAGAAAUCAUGCACAGAUCGAUGAUCACCCUCGCAAAUACCACCAGCUUCAUCGGGAAGGCUUACAGAGUCGGAGACGCGCGAAUUGUGAUCCCAUCGGCAGGAUCUGGUACGAUCGAGUUGUGGCCACACAAUACGCUGCACGCUUGGAUCGGAGGAUGGAUGAGGCAGCCCAGUACUGCGCCCAUCGACCCUCUAUUUUACCCUUUCCAUGCGAACAUGGACCGACUCUGGAGCGUGUGGCGCAAGCUGGGCUACGGCAAUGACGAUCCGACUGACCCAGACUGGCUCGAUACAACAUUUCUCUUCUGGGAUGAGAAUGCGGUGAUGAGGAGAGUCAAAGUGAGGGACUUUGUGGAUUUGAACGCCCUCGGGUACACAUUUGAGGAAGUGAAUGACGCCAGUUGGAUAUUCUUCGACAAUUCCACGAGCCCAGGUGCCCCAUAGUGCAUAGGUAGACAACGCGAACGGCGUUCAUAUCCUUGGAAGCGAGGACGAAAUGAUGAGGAAUAAGUAAAAUCUAGAGUGAGGAUGAACACAUUGCAAUUCAAUGGCUUGUGUGUGGACUAUCAGACUGGGAAUAGUCACACAGGUGAUGGUUAGUAGGAGCAGGCGAUUUUAGUCAAUAAUCCCAGGCCCAUUUGUCAUAAAUUCCAUGCAAUUUGUAAAUUGUUUUAACCUCGGAAUCGAGUUCCGGCAGCCCAUUCUUAUGGUUCAAGCCCG